AUGCUCAAGUCCGAUAUGACCGAAGGAACCAACUCAGCCCUCCAGCAACUGGACUAUCACGACGCCUUCAAUAACGCCGUCACCCUUCCUGGCGUCGACCCGGAUAGGAUGGUCUACUGCGGUACCAGCUUCUCGGGCGGUAACGUCAUCCAUGCUGCAGCCACGGACAAACACAUCAAAGCAGCCAUCGCGCAGGCACUCUCUGUCUCUGGCGAAACACGCUCCCUUGAAUUCAAGGACCAGAUCCAUGAAUUGUUUAACAACCGCGCGCGCAUCGCAACAAGCGGCCAGCGAGACCGGGUACUCUGCAUCACAUCUACAGCUGAAGAAGCGCAAACAGGCACAGCACCCGUACUCUUCUCCGACCUGCACGCAUACGAAUCAUACAGCCAAAUCCCUGACUGCGGCGGGAAAUGGGGGAACUAUGUGACGGAGCAGACGCAGCUACAUAUGCUGUGGUUCGAGCCACAGGCGUAUAUGUAUCGGAUUGCGCCUAAAUCGUUCUUCAUGGUGAUUCCGGGGAAUGAUGUCAUGGUAAAGACGUCCUCGCAGGCGGAAGCGUUUGGGAAGGCAAGGGAACUAAAGCAGAUGCUGUUUUUGAAGGGGGCGGGGCAUUUUGAUAUUUACCAGGGGGGAUGGUUUGAGCGGAAUAUUAGGGUCCAGGUUGAGUUUCUUAGAAGAUGUUUAACGGAAUGAUUCAACAUGAUGUC